UUGAAAGGUCAAUCCAAGCGUUAAGCGCUAUCGAAUGAUAAAAUACACCGGCCACUAUCGUCAUAUUAUUCACUCACAGCCAGGAACUGAAUGCAGUAUCUUGUAUCGGCAUAAUUACCGACGCACACUUGUUGUUCAAGCUUCUGACUGAUUAGUCGCGUGAUAAAAUAAAAAUGGGUUCCCGCUUUCAAGUUGUUCAACAGGGACCUCCUAUUGAGGUUUUCCAACUAAAUCGACUCUAUAUGGAGGAUCCUCACCCAUCUAAAAUUAAUUUAAGUAUUGGCGCGUAUAGGGAUGAGAAUGGCAAGCCUUGGGUGCUCCCCGUGGUCCGGAAGAUGGAGAAGCAGAUGGCUAAUGAUGAAACACUCUUACAUGAGUACCUCCCAGUUCUUGGAAUGGAGCAGUUCUCGGCUGCAUCGACCGCCAUGCUCCUCGGUGAAGACAGCCCCGCCAUCGCCUCUGGCCGUGCUUUUGGCGUACAAACCCUGUCAGGAACGGGCAGUCUUCGCGUCGGAGCUGAGCUGCUGAAUAAGCACCUGAAGUACACCAACUUCUACUACUCGGUACCUACCUGGGAUAACCAUCACCUAGUAUUCGUGAAUUCUGGCUUCACGAAUCCUCGUACCUACCGCUACUGGAAUGCCAAACAGCGUGGCAUUGACUUCGAGGGGCUCAUUGAGGAUCUGCGCUCGGCGCCCGAGAACUCGGUGGUGCUGUUGCAUGCAUGCGCACACAAUCCUACUGGUAUCGACCCCACUCAGGAGCAGUGGGAGAAGAUUGCUGAUGUUAUGGAGGAGCGCAAGUUGUUCCCGUUCUUCGACAGCGCGUACCAGGGCUUCGCAUCAGGCGACCUGGACCAGGACGCGUGGGCUGUGCGCUACUUCGUCAAGCGAGGCUUCGAGCUCGUCUGCGCUCAGUCCUAUGCUAAGAACUUCGGAUUGUAUAACGAGCGUGUAGGCAACCUAGCGAUCGUAGUGUCAGACGCGUCCGUGGUACCCGCCAUGAAGUCGCAGCUGACGUGGAUAGUGCGCGGCAUGUACUCCAACCCGCCCGCGCACGGCGCCCGCGUCGUCACCAACGUGCUCGCCAACAAGCAGCUCUUCGACGAGUGGAGGGAACACAUCAAGGCCAUGUCUUCAAGAGUGAUUGAAAUGAGAGAAGCCUUGAGAGCUGAGCUUAUCAAACUGGGCACACCCGGCAACUGGGAUCACAUAGUCAAACAAAUCGGACUCUUCUCCUACACUGGUCUGACCCAACGUCAGACCGAGCAUUUAAUCCAGGAAUACCACAUCUACCUUCUGAAGUCUGGCCGUAUCAAUGUGUGUGGUCUGAACCCGAACAACGUGCAAUAUAUGGCGCGGGCCAUGCACGACGCCGUCACCAAGUUCCCGGCUGACGACGACGAGACUCGGUCCAAAUUGUAGUGGAGAUCGAAAUGAACGGUAUGUGUUGUAUUACCGGUGCUGGGGCAUAAAUGUACAUAUCUACAUGUGUAUAUAUUUAAAUUUUAUAAAUUAAACACCAAUAAUAACAACACA